AUACAAAUUUGUGUUAUAAAUAAAAAAAAAAACACUUGGUUUUCGUUUGUGAAAUAUAAACAAAUACAAAAAUAAAAAUGGAGCUUCAAAUUCAACAACUUAGUGUGAAAGGACCCCAAUCUUUUGCGGAAAACAUGCACGAAUCACGAUAUACGCUCUCCGAUCUGAACCCCAUCGCCAGACUAACACAAAAGAUGGACAAAACUUUAAAAGUAUCGGAGCAAUUGUCUGCACCCACCGUCGAUGAUGUUCCUUACACGAUCGAAUUAAUCACGGAAAAAGACGCCGAUGGUGUUUUAGCAAUGCUUAAAGAAUUCUUUUUCAAAGAUGAACCACUUAAUACUUACCUUAACCUCGGUGAAUGUGAAGAAUUGGAGGAAUACUCUGUGAAAUCUAUACCAGAAAAGUGCUCAUUUAAGGCUGUCAACAAACAAGGUGAAAUCAUUGGAGUAUUCAUGAAUGGUAUCAUGCGAAGACCGAAACCCGAUGAAACACCUGAAAAAGCAGCAGAUUCCUGCCAACAUCCAAAAUUCAAGAAAAUCCUAUCUCUGAUGGAUUACAUUGAAGAAGACUUCAAUAUUUUCGAUGUAUUUCCUGAUACAGAUAUCAUUUUGGAUGGAAAAAUUGUUUCCGUGAAUACCAACUACCGAGGUUUGGGUAUCGCAGGUCGUUUAACAGAAAGAGUUCUUGAAUACAUGCGUGAAAAUUCAAUUCCUGUGAUGCAUGUCCUGUGCACAAGUCAUUAUUCGGCACGUGUUAUGGAAAAACUUGGUUUUCAUGAAGUCUAUAAACUUCCAUUUGAAAAUUUCAAAAUGAAUGGUGAAGUUGUACUUCGCCCAGCUAAGCCACAUGUGGCAGCAAGAAUUUUAGCCAAGGAAAUUAGUAAAUCAUCUAACUAAAAUGUGGGCACACUUACACCUACAUUAAGUUAUUUUUUUUUUGUUGACUGUUUUUAAAUUUAAGAGUGAUUUUUGUAUGCUGUGUAUAUUUAUUUACAAACAAAAUUUUGUACAUGUUUUUGGGGUAAGGAAUUUAUUUUUUUUCUUGUACAGAACAAUGAUUUUAGAAAAAUGUUGCAAUAUAAUAUUGCAAUUU